CCGUCGGAGGAUGGCUCCUGCGGACGCAUGCGACGACGACGUCACUUCUUGCGGCCGGUUCGGGCUCCUGCUGCUUGUUGGUCGCGAUCGACGCAGUGAAAAGCACCAAGAAGCUCGCAUGGGCCAGAGCGACUCCAGCUUCACCCUCAUCUACACCCUGUGGCGUUAGAUAGAGAUGCCCAGUAUACCACCCCUUGGACACUGUCUCUACGGCAUUUUCUACCAUCGCCGUCUUCCGUCGUCACCUACAGUGCGGGAUGUCCUGUAAGGAGGCCCCCCAGGGCGCCUGCGAGGUGCCUCUCACCACCACCGAUGAGCGCGAGACUUGGGGCAAGAAAGUGGACUUCCUGUUGUCGGUCAUCGGCUUCGCCGUCGACUUGGCCAACGUCUGGAGGUUCCCCUAUCUCUGCUACAAAAAUGGUGGAGGAGCUUUCUUGGUUCCUUACUGCAUUAUGCUUAUCGUCGGAGGCAUCCCUUUAUUUUACAUGGAGUUGGCUUUAGGACAGUUCAACAGGAAGGGCGCGAUAACUUGUUGGGGGCGGCUGUGCCCGCUGUUUAAGGGAAUAGGUUACGCCGUGGUUCUAAUAGCCUUUUACGUUGAUUUCUACUACAAUGUGAUAAUAGCCUGGGCUCUACGGUUCUUCUUUGCAUCCUUCACCGAUCUACUUCCAUGGACGACAUGCGACAACCCCUGGAACACGCCUAACUGUAGACCCUUUGAUUUUCCAACAACAAACACAACGGAGGCCAACAGAACAGAACUGGGUCUUCCAGAUUCAAGAUUCGCCUCAGCUGCCUCAGAAUACUUUAAUCGGGCGAUUUUGGAGCUGCAUCAGAGCGAAGGCCUUCACGACCUGGGCGCUAUCAAAUGGGACAUAGCUCUGUGCCUCCUGGCGGUCUACGUCAUCUGCUAUUUCUCACUGUGGAAGGGCAUCUCCACUUCCGGGAAGGUGGUGUGGUUCACGGCUCUGUUUCCUUAUGCCGUUCUUCUGAUCCUCCUGGUGAGGGGCAUCACUUUGCCUGGAUCCGCGGAGGGCAUCAAGUACUAUCUGAAUCCCAAUUUCAACGCUAUCGGGUCCGCGGAAGUAUGGGUAGACGCUGCCACUCAGGUAUUUUUUUCUCUGGGCCCUGGAUUUGGUGUCCUUCUAGCUUACGCUUCGUACAAUAAAUACCACAACAAUGUUUAUAAAGAUGCCUUGCUGACUAGCGUCAUUAAUUCAGCAACGAGUUUCAUAGCGGGCUUCGUGAUCUUCUCGGUGUUGGGAUAUAUGGCACACGCGGCAGGUAGGCCGAUACAAGAAGUGGCCACGGAGGGUCCGGGUCUGGUCUUUGUGGUAUACCCUGCAGCUAUAGCCACCAUGCCCGGCAGCAUAUUCUGGGCGCUUAUAUUCUUCAUGAUGCUUCUGACGCUGGGGUUGGACAGUUCGUUUGGCGGGUCGGAAGCGAUAAUAACGGCGCUGAGUGAUGAGUUUCCUAAGAUAGGCCGGCAUAGGGAAAUAUUCGUAGCCUGUUUGUUUUCUCUGUAUUUUAUGGUGGGACUGGCCUCUUGUUCUCAGGGUGGAUUUUAUUUCUUUCACCUCCUGGACAGGUAUGCAGCUGGGUACUCUAUGCUUUUCGCCGUGUUCUUCGAAGCCAUCGCAGUCUCUUGGAUAUACGGCACGCAACGCUUCUGCGACGACAUCCAGGAUAUGAUCGGCUUCAGCCCGGGCUACUACUGGCGGUUCUGUUGGAAAUUCGCCGCCCCUGUUUUCCUGCUGUUCAUCAUCGUGUACGGACUGCUGGGGUACGAGCCGCUCAGCUACGAUAAUUACGUCUACCCCGCGUGGGCCAACGUCUUGGGCUGGAUGAUCGCUGGUUCCUCCGUCAUCAUGAUACCAGCCGUCGCGGUGUACAAGUUUAUAUCGACGCCUGGGUCGUGUCUUAAGAGAUUGAAAACGCUGACAACCCCUUGGAGAGAUACUCAACUAGGGUCCCAAAUCAACGGUAUUGUGCAGUCGGAGAGCAACCAAGUACGUCUCUCGACGCCCGAGACGCCGAACCAGGCGCCUGUCGAGGUGUGAGACAAGAGAACUUUGAAAUUCAAAGAAUACUACGUUUAGACGAACAGUUUUGUAAUAUAUCGUAGGUACCAAGCUUAGUUUUAAGUAUAAUAUUUAAAGACAACGUAUUUUAUAUUACGUAUUAUGAUUAAUAUUACCGUUGUGUACCGUUCGUCUGUACUUAUUCAGAAAACGAGAGAACUAUGGAAGUAUACAAAUAUUUUCCUAAAUUCAGGCCUAGAUUUAGGGAAAUAUAUAUCCACGAGUAGGAUAAAAUGUCAUAUUAACUUAUAAAUGUAAUAUACAAGAGGUUCCAUUAUGCGUGUUUCCGACAAAACUUUCAAGCAUAUUAAUAAAAAUUCGCGUUGCGGUAUUUUGGAACGCCUUGUAUGGGUAAGUUGUUAAAAGUCGUGUCAGAUCUACUGAACCUGUAUUGCAGCCAUUGUUGGGUAAUUUCCAAAAUUGUCCAAUAAUAUACGGUUCAGUAAAAGGUGCGAUUUAUUAACGAAACAAUACCGAUAUACAGAAUGCAGGGGUAAUGAUCUUUUCGGCAAAUAACGAUAAUAACUUACGCCCGUUUGCACUGAACUUAAUAAAAUCAUUAUACUCACAUCGUUCGCGUUCGUUAAGCUCAAGUAUGAAAACAGAUGCUUAAAUUUAAGCUUCCGUUUAACACUUACUUAAGAUGUACUUUAUUUUAAGACAUAGUUCGAAUAUGCAUAAUUUAAAAAAGAAAUAGAAAAAUAAAUAUUCGAAUGAGUGACAUAUUUGAUGAUUUUAGAAAUUGUAUAGUCUGCGGUUAUGGGACGGGCUUCCUAGAUUACAUUUUACAUAGUUUGACAUUUCUACACUGGACUAGUUUAAUUUUUACACAAGAUUUCAUAUUACAAAACAGACUUCACUGCAAAUAUUAUCGUUAAUAGAGAGAGGAUCAGUUAGAAUUUAUUAUAUUCAAAAUCAGUAAUUUUACUAUGGUUUUUACUUUUCUAUCUUUAGAUGGAACCAUGAUACGAACUGAAGAAAAAUAAAAAGAACUGAAGGACCUAACAUAAAGCGAAAAAAAUUAUUAGAAGUCACGAGAUUUCUACGCUAUUGUCAGUAUAAAGAUAUACUUUACUAAGUACAGUUUAUGAUUGUUCAAAUCAAGUAUAACUCAGCUUUAAGGUCUUUAUUAAGUUGUUCUUACAAUUAGUAUAAUUUCGGUGCAAACGGGCAUUAGUUAACUUAAUUAUUUAUAUAAAACAUCUCUAUGAGUGCUACAAAUUCUGUAUAUUGUCAAAAUCUUAGUUCGAAUUCGAAUUUUUCAAAGGUGCAGACAGCGACAUGUAGAUAACAACUUAGGAAAUGUAUUAUUUAGCAAUAUUAAACGUAUUCCAGAAUAGCAAAUGUUGUACAGAUACAAUAAUUCUUGUAAUCAUUGUUACCUGCUGAGAAAAAAAAAUAGUUAUAUAGUAUUAACAGUCAUUAACAUGGACGCGAACUUCCCAGCAAGUAAAUAAUUUAAUGUAAAUUUUUGUACUUUGCGAAUACAUCUGCUUUAAUAGAGAAUAUAGGAUAGUUAGUUCGAAAGACACUCAAACAGCCAUUUGAGAGUCUUUCAUUUCACACAAGUUGGUGAACGAUAUAAUAAAUAUUUUAAUUUAAUUAUGUGGUAUGAUAAUGUAUAUAGAUCUUUACCAUUAUUUCAUUUUUUAAAGUGCUAAAACUUGUAGAAUUAGAUGCUAUUUGAUAUUAAUUAUUUGAGUCAUCUUAUUUAAAAUAGGUCUAUUUUAUUAUGCAUAUACAUAUUACUAAUACAUUUACUGUGAAAGAUUAUGACACUGUAGCUAUUAUUACGUUCUGUUUCAGAAGUUGUUUGCAUCAGCCAUUGCAAACGGCUUGAUACUGGUAUAUACAUAGAUUACUAAUAAAGUUUUU